AUGGACGCGGCGGAGCUUUCUCCAGCGCAGUGUGUGCUCCUGACUGUCCACCUGGCAUGCGAGGCCAACAUCAAAGCGCUGCACUCUUUCACGCCCACUCGCCUCGAUGCGCUGGAUCCCGAACUGGUCUUGCGAAUCCUCCUCACACACCUUCCCGAGGCCGUCGAUCCGCACGAGUAUACCAACUACGUCGAAGAAGUUGCGUCGCGCCUGUACGUCAACUUCGAACGAGUCGAUGUCGAAGUGAACGUGGCACCAGUCAAGGACAUCUCCGACGAGCAGGCUCAGAAACGUGUGAAGAAGCUACAUCUCUUGGAAAUCGCUGCGCCCAGCUUUCCUUCUGGCGCUCCCAAUGAUCUGUUGACCCGGUUCUUGUGCCACCGAGCUUACAGAAUCGAUGCCCAGACGGGCCUACUAAGCCUUGUUCCCGCAUUGAUUGAGCCCUUCCUGGACCGCAACGACUACAUCAGAACAUGGUAUAUCUCGGUCGUUCUACCUCUCCUUCGACUGGAGAUCGAAUACUAUCCCGAAGUCGAAGCGCUCGCCAUUUCACUCGCAGACUUCGAGCAGGUGUCUGGCAGGGAAGGAGUGGAUCUGUUACUGAGAAAGGCUGCAGAGGGCGACAAGAGCAAGAAUGAUGCGACGAAGUCUGUGCGAUCAUCUCUCGGUCGAGAUAUCAAGAGCCUCGUCGGGCCAUGGAUGUAUGGACACACAGAGCGGAAGCAGAGAAGGUCUGAGCGAGAUAGCGAUCUUGGAAACCAUAAGAGGAAUGUGGAGAAUGUGGCACAUCGUAUCCGGAAAAUAGGCCUCGCUGGUCUGACUGAGGACGACAAGACUGGUCACGACUGGGAGCAUUUGUACCGCUGGAUGGUCAAGCAAUCGACCGACAGGUUCACAUUGGUCGCCGAUGCCAUAGAGGAAUGGGAUGGACCCAGUGAUGUUGAUUUAGGAGGGUUUGAACACCACGGCAUUCAGUACCUGGACGAAGACCUACUGCGUAAACUCGAGGCACAGUACGCUCAAGCCGCUUUCGCGAGUUGCUAUUCAGCGCAGACCGACAGCCAGGAGACGGUGCGGGCUGCUCACGGCAUCCUCGCACGACUGGCUGAACUCUUAGACUUCAUACCUCCGCCUGACCUGGCAACUAGUGUCGACUCACUGCCUCGAAUAGAGCGCCACGCCACCAAGCUCGAUGAAUCACAGACAGUGGCCGAUCUCACGCCCGACGCACUCCUGCGCCCUGAACAUCCUCUCACAACUCCUAGAAUGGAGACCUACAUGCUACUGCAGAUGAUGGUGUAUAGCGCAUACCAAUUCGCUGGCCUGGGCUAUCCACUCUCGCUGGUGAAUGUAGCCAAGCUACAUUUCUACGCGAACGCUGAGGAGCAAUUGGAUGUAUUCAGAAGAAUAAUGCAUCACUUGUCCAAGACUGGCACACGCAAGGACGAGAAUCAGUGGAUAUCUGAUCGCGCCAAACUACUAUGGCUUUGGAAUUGGGGUAUCGAAAGCGACCCUGAGAGCCCUGACGAAGGCUCUGGAACCCUAGGCAAGAUUCGACGACAAGACUUUGAGCAAGAGAUGCUCAAGGUCUUCGUCGAAACAAGCUGUAAGUCCACCACUUCAUCCUUCUGACUGUUCAUCAUUACCCGGCGUGCUCGAUGUACUUUAUUUCUAAGUCUCAUCCUCAGACUUACUUUAUGCCAGUGAAAGAUGUAGAUCCUGCCGAGAACACGGAUGCACUUGGUGGGCUUGAUGAAAAAGAUCUCAAAUUUCCGUUCGUCGUUAGCGAAGGAGACCGGGAACGGAUAAAACCGCAAGGCAUCGCUGACGAGACCUGAACCACAGGCUACCAACUGGCGAUUAGAAUCUUUGUAUCCGGUUGUGCGCAGAGCGCUCUAGCCUCGAUCCCGGCCGAGAGGAUCAUACUCGAACAAGUCAUGGAAGCGUACGACAGCGCGAGCAACGGCAACAGAACACGAGGUGGAAUCAAGAAGGCCAACGACAUGUAUGAGAGUCCCUGGUGGAUUGGAUGGUUUCAGACUAACAGUUUCCAGCGUUUCUGCCUUUAAACCUCAUUUUCCCGACAGCGUCGGCUUCAAGCAGGCGGCUGCCCUUAUUGCAGCAACACAUGCUUUGUCCUUCUAUUCAUUGACACUACAGCACGGUGUUCCUUUCCAGCCGGUCAGCAUCCGUGUCAGCCAUGAUCCGCUUUCCCUGAUCAGCAAAUUACUUGAGCAGAACCCUCGAAGCUACACUAAGCUGGACGACCUGAUCGACAUUGCUCGCAAUCUUGUCUCUGCUGGGCUGGCCUGUGAGAACGAGGACGACGCGGGUGGCAGGGACGCGAAUGCGCAGGCCGAGAGACUGGCGCGGUGGAGAAAAGACGCCGAACGGCGUGUCACAUUCAUGGCUGUGGAAGCGUCUCUAAGAGAAGACGAUUUUGAGACGGCGUACUCGUACAUCGUGAGCAGAUUGACACCUGCAGGUUCAGACAUACAAGUAUCAAAAGAGCAACAAAGCGAGCGUCGAAAGUCGACGGAACGGGGGCACACCAAGCGUUCGAGCCGAACCAAGACGGACAUGCACGACGAUGAUAUCUCAUGGCGUGCCGCCUUCCUCGCGGGACGUUAUCGACCUUCCACCGAUUCUCCCACGCUUCGUCGUCUCGAACAGCGAACGGAAUUGCUAUCGCUUGCACUUCUGCUUGCACCGGUCUCAGCGCUGACCGAAAUCCUUGCGGCUUGGCGACGUUGCGAAGACGAGAUGACGGUCCUCGAACGUUCCCAGCAACAAGCAGAGAAAGAGUUUGACGAUCGUGCUGACAAGCGGCUGAGUGGAAGUUCUGCAUUGCCAGGAAAUUUCACCGUCAGUGGCGAGCAACCCGAAUUGAUCUUGAACCAAAAGCGUCGCGAGAUGGGGCGUAUGGGAGCCGCUACGAGAGGCAACGACGAUACGCCAUUGAGUAUGUUUGAUUUGACACGCAGUGCGGCCAAGAUGUUCAGUCAAAAUGCCUUUCCACUCCGUGGAGCAGCGGCGAGGUCUUCGGGAGAGCAGGAGCGGUCGACGUCGAUGCAAGAUAGUACUGGCAGUCUUGAUCGACCUAACAGCCCUGGAGGCGGAGAAGGGCAACAAAGAGUGAGAAAACGGGACUACGUAGCUAACGUGGCUGCCAAUAGCCUUGCUUCUGGACUUGGGUGGGUGUUGGGUGCCACGCCUGCCAGUCAGCAGGAGCAACAGUCGCGACAGGAUAGAUAG